AUGUCGAGCACCAUCGCCCGCACUGCCUUCCGCGCUGCCCCACGCCUCCGCGCGAGCCCCAUCCCCCGUCGCUACGCCUCGACCGUCACCGAGCAAGAGGCCAGCAAGCAGGCUCUCAAGGCCGGAGCCAAGCGCGACCCCGAGCUCUACGUGCUCUUCGCCAUCAUGAGCGGCGUCUUUGGCCUUGCUGGAUGGCACUUCUCCCGAUCUCCGACCAGCUCCUCCUCAGAGCGGAACGUCGCCCAGGCAGCCAACAGCAAGCCGUGGGAAGAGCAUGGUGGCGAGGGCAAGUACCAGUACCACCCCGGCGGCGACCCCAAUGCAGCUCCCAAGGAUGCCCCCUCAGCAUUGAACGUCGUCAUCAUCCCCAACGUUACCCUGCCUAAGGAACUCCACGAGCAGUACAACAAGUGGGGCAAGGACGGCUACUAA